CGCGAAGAGGGAGGCCCAUCGAACAGGCUCUUGCUUUUGUCAAAGACUCCAUCGUUCGUUUCGUUGGACAGACAAGGCGUCCGUCGCCAUGCAGAUUUUCGUCAAAACCCUCACGGGUAAGACCAUCACCCUUGAGGUUGAGUCCUCGGACACCAUCGACAAUGUCAAGGCUAAGAUCCAAGACAAGGAGGGCAUUCCCCCCGACCAACAGCGCUUGAUCUUCGCCGGCAAGCAGCUCGAGGACGGCCGUACCCUCUCCGACUACAACAUCCAAAAGGAGUCGACCCUCCACCUCGUGCUUCGUCUCCGUGGUGGUGCUAAGAAGCGUAAGAAGAAGACCUACAACACUCCCAAGAAGAUCAAGCACAAGCGCAAGAAGGUCAAGAUGGCCAUCUUGAAGUACUACAAAGUCGAGUCCGACGGCAAGAUCAAGCGUCUCCGUCGUGAGUGCCCCUCGGCCGAGUGCGGUGCUGGUGUCUUCAUGGCCUUCCACCACGACCGCCAGUACUGUGGCAAGUGCGGUUUGACCUACACCUUCCAGCCUGGCACCAAGCCCCCCGUCGUCUAAGGGAGCGCUUAGAGUCCAGUGGUGUAACGGUCGUCGCUCGUGCUCUACGUAGUUGUUGUAGCCAUGUCUUUUCUGUAUGCUUUGCCGCUAUGCCAUGUGAAACAUGCAACCAUCCUGUGUGCGAG